AUGUCAUCAUCAAGUCAGAACCGUUUACCUACCGCAGUUAAAGGCGGAUCAGGCCUCACGAAGACACCCGCAAAUACCUCUUCAGACCCUGAUUCCUCAACCCUACACAGCGUUAAUUCUGGGCUCCAUGACACACAUGACCAAACUAAGCCGAGUGUUGCCAAGAACGAUAUGAAAGCCAGCGGCACCGUUGGAGACGGAACGAAGGUUGGACGGAUGGUUAAGGAGGGGGCCGCGGAUUUCAUUGAUAAUCUAGCGCACGACAGCGUCAUGGACCCAUCGCAAUCUUAA